AUGUCAACUUCUACAAUAUCAACAUUUGUUCCAAUUGUGUGCAAAGUAAUCUAUAAUGUUUUGAAAAAAGACUUCUUACAGCCCCCUACAACGCAUGCACAGUGGAAACAAUUAGCAGAAAAAUUUUCGGAUUUGUGGCAGUUUCCUCAUGCAGUUGGUGCCAUAGAUGGAAAGCACAUUAAUAUAAAAGCACCACCCAAUACGGGUUCAGAAUAUUUUAAUUACAAGAAGUACUCAAGUAUUGUUUUGCUUGCUAUUGCUGAUGCAAAGGCAAGGUUUGUAUCAUUUGACCUUGGUGCACCAGGAAGUGACGAGGCUUUUGCAUUAAAUGUUAAUUUAAUGAAACCUUAUCCUCAUAGGUCGGCAAUGGGGGAUGAAAAGGUGUUUAAUUAUCGUUUAUCGAGGGCUAGGCGAAUUUUCGAGAAUGCUUUUGGUAUUCUCUGUGCCAGGUUUAGAGUUCUUUUAAAGACAUUGCAAUUAAAUGUUGAAAACGUUAUAGAAGUGGUUCGUGCAUGCCUAGCCCUUCAUAAUUACCUUAUAUCAAGAAAUGAUACAAAUUAUGCUCCUGCUGGAUAUUUGGAUGAUGAAGAUGAAAAUUGUAUUGUAAUGCAUGGUGCAUGGAGAAAGGAAGUUGACAAUACAUGCACAAUCACUGAUUUAUGCAGUCAUCCAAGUGAACGGUCUUCUACAUUGCAAGCUAGAGCUGUUCGUGAUGACAUGAAAGAUUACUUUUUUGAAGAAGGUGCUGUUCCAUUUCAAUGGAAGAUGACUGAAUGA